GCCCCGCCCUCCUGCCCGCCUGCCGGCAUGGCCGAUCCAGCGGACUCCACCGCCUCCCCGUCCGACACCGAGUCCGACGCCUCCGAGGUCACGGACUGGGAGCUGCAGGAAGCGUUCUCCAAAGGGAUCCUGAAGCCCGGGCUCAAUGUUGUGCUGGAAGGGCCGAAGAAGAAGGUCAACAACGUGGACGGCCUGAAGCACUGUCUGUCCGAAUUCAAGAAGAAGCUGGCCUGGAUCGAAAGACUUGAUGUGACCUUGGGGCCGGUGCCAGAAAUCCCCAGCUCGCAGCCCACGCUUCACACGCCAGAUCAGAAAGCGGUCGACCCGGAAGACGACUUCCAGAGGGAGAUGAGCUUCUAUCGCCAGGCUCAGGCGGCCGUGCUCACGGCCCUGCCCCGCCUCCAUCAGCACAAGGUCCUCACCAAGCGGCCCGACGACUACUUCGCAGAAAUGGCCAAGUCGGACCAGCAGAUGCAGAAGAUCCGCCAGAAGCUUCAGGCGAAGCAGGUGGCCAUGGAGAAGUCUGAAAAGGCCAAACAGCUCCGAGCCCUGCGGAAAUUCGGCAAGAAGGUACAAACGGAAGUUCUGCAGAAGAGGCAGAAGGAGAAGUCAACCAUGAUGAAUGCCAUUAAGAAGUACCAGAAAGGCCUGACAGACAAGCUGGACUUUCUGGAGGGCGACCAGGGGUCCACGAGCCGGCCCAAAAAGGAGGACGCUAAAGCCCCACAGACGAAGAAAGGGCCCAACGCCAAGCGGCGCUACAAGAACCAGAAGUUUGGCUUCGGGGGAAAGAAGAAGGGCUCCAAAUGGAACACCCGGGAAAGCCACAACGACGUGUCGGGCUUCCGGGCCAGCGUGGCCCACGCCAGGGGCGCCAAGAAGGCCGGGAAAAAGGGAUCGAACAAGAGACCCGGCAAGUGGGCGAGGCAGAAGAUGAAGAGUAGAGCCCGCUGACGGCACGGCCCCUCACCUUGCGUUUCGGCCCGGGGCUCUUUCGCCCGCGACUCGUCCCGGGACGACCGUCCGCCGACGGCGAGACCUGGGCCGGCCCAGGGGUUCCCUUGGAACCCGCAGCCUCCCGGUUAGUUCCCGGAAAGGGGCGCGGCGCCCGAGGUGGUGCCCGACCCGCCGAUCCCGCCCGGACUUCUUUUCCCCAGUGGAUCCGGGCCUGUGUCGGGGCCUCCGGGUACCACAUUAAAGAGCUCAUCUCGGCUGCCCUGCUGCCA